AUCACUACCCCUCCUCGCGAGUGUAACCGAAGUUCAUCUCGAACUCAUCUUAAAAGCCUCUCCUUUUUUGGCUUUACAGAAUUUCAAGAUGCCGCCGCCCCGACCAAACCUCGAAUUAUAUCUGGUGACAGAUUCCGUGAACCUGCCUUUCAAUUCGACUGUUUAUUCUCAGGUAGAAGCAUGUCUAUCAGCCAAGCACCCACCGACUAUUGUUCAAUUACGCGAGAAACACCUCUCCACCGCUAAAUUUAUUGAGCUUGCUCGCGAUAUUUAUGCUCUCACCUCUAAGAAUGGGGUGCCCCUGCUUAUCAACGAUCGUGUAGAUGUUGCAUUGGCUGUUGGAUGUGAAGGAGUUCACUUGGGGUGGGAUGAUAUAGAUGUUCCUACAGCUCGAAAGUUAUUAGGUCCGGAAAAGAUCAUCGGCCUCUCGGUAUCCAACCAUGAGCAGCUUGAGAAAGCUCUGGGGCUGGAUCCGACAUAUCUUGGGAUUGGGCCGGUUUUCUCAACCCCUACCAAACCUGACCACAACCCCCCGCUGGGUACAUCGGGUGUCCGCUCAUUACUUUCUGCCAUACCCAUUACGAUGCAGGCUGUAGCAAUUGGCGGGAUAAACCACGGUAACGUCCAGCGCGUGUUAUUCCAAUCCAAAGAUAUUUCUGGAAGACGGCUCGAUGGGGUGGCUGUUGUUUCUGCUAUUAUGGCUUCACCGCUGCCCGUGGGAGCUUGCAAUUUACUCCAUGAAACCGUAAACUGGCCUCCCCUAUUUGUGCCCACGGAUUAUUCUCUCCGAACAGAAGAUUUCCCGAUAUAUAGGGACAACAUCCACAAACACAAGCCAUUGGUUCAUCACAUCACAAACAAUGUCGUGAAAUCUAUCUCAGCGAAUAUAUCUCUGGCUAUUGGUGCCUCUCCGAUCAUGUCGGAGAAUCCCGCCGAGUUUGCCGAUCUCGCCGCCUUGCCAAAUGUGGGUUGUGUGCUUAAUAUGGGCACCUUUGCCAGUUCUAAGGAGUCCCAAGACCUCUUUCUAGGGGCCCUGAGGGAACACAAUGUUCGUGGGAAUCCCGUAAUAUUUGAUCCGGUGGGUGCAGGCGCUACCAAUGCCCGCCGGGAGUUUGCCCAAAUGAUUGUGGGGGCGGGCUACUGUACUGUCAUUAAGGGAAAUGAGGGCGAAAUCAGAUCUUUGGCUGGGCUAGAAACAGCAAAAAUGAGAGGUGUCGAUGGAGCUGGAGAGGGAGGAAGUGAAGAAGAGCUUGCCAAAGUUGUUCACGAUUUGGCUAGUUUGGAAAAUAAUAUCGUCCUCAUGACCGGGCCGAAGGACUAUAUAUCCAAUGGCGCUCGCACUUUCUGUCUUACCAAUGGAUCUGCAUACCAGUCUCGUGUUACCGGAGUUGGGUGCGCUCUGGGAUCGGUUAUUGCAGCUUUUUGUGCCGCAGCUCCAGUUGAUGAAAGCUUGAUUGGGCCAGUUAUUAGUGCUAUCGGAAUGUAUAACAUUGCUGCAGAGAGAGCGGAAAAGCUCAUGGAGAGUGGAGAUCAGCCAGGAAAGUGGGCAGCAGCAUUUGUGGACUGCCUAGCGGUGAUGGCGAUGUCCGACGAAAACCUGACCGAAUUGAUUUCUGUGCAUGAAGUAAAGGAGUUGGCCAACUUAGAGAAAUGGGGGAGACCCACAGGAAGGGAGGGUUUGAAACAGGGUGAAGAUUUGACUGAAGCCUAG